UGGAGCUCUCGGUGGUGGCGGCAGGGUGGGCGCCGGGCCGCCGGGAGGCGGGGCUACGGUUUGCGCUAAGGAAGUGGAGACGAUGAGAACAAGGAAUAGAGAAAGAAUCGUAAUGGUGGAAGCCAUUUUUAUUUUCUUAUAACUAUAGCAGCGAAAAAGAAAAUGAGAAAGAGAGAGAGAUUGGGUUGGAGCUGUACAGCUU